GUCUCGCUAGUAAGUGUUUUGCGCUUCACGCGACCUGUGCUUCGAUCAUUCGAAAGAAAACAAAACUCUAACUCCUACUAACUAACCACAACCACCAACCUGAUCGGAUCGAUAUCGGAGUGUUAUCUGCUGUGGUAGCGAUCCUUUCGUCUGAAAAAACAACGGGUGGUGCUUUCCCACUCCGUCCGGUAACAGUCGAAGAUAAUUUCACCACCCGGAAGGACGGCCUGAACAGGGAAUGCACCCUUGAAAAAACAUCUGGCGUUCAGCAGAUCUUCAACUGUACGGACAAGAUAGAAUCAACAAUCAAGCUUUAGGCAAGGGGCGACAGUCGUUCAAUUUUCAAGGCCACAUAAACGAACGAAGCGAAUGGACUCAAGAUGCUGCAAACUGUCGAUUAUUAGUGCAGGGAAGUAGUGCGAAGAAGGUCUGUCCGUCCGUCUGUCCGUCUGGUUUUCAUCCGAGAGUCAUUUGCGGAAGCACUGCGUCAGCAGAAUGUCUUUUCUACGGAGUAUCCGCAACAAUCUAACAAAUAACAAUUACAACGCUCAACGUAAUGGUAAAUCGAAAUCGUCCAAACCAAGUAGCCGAAGUAUUGUGAAUGAGCGAUCCUCGAGUGGUCGACCGAAUUCCAGUGACCGGACACUGAUAACCAGCGAGUCCGAACAGGAUCGUCCCGGGUAUGGAACGUAUGCCAGCCGAAGAAACAGCGGUAUUGGAUCUGGUAGACGGGGAAGCAAUUCGGCAACUCUGCGUCGUGAGGAUAAAUACGGCAAGGAAAAUCCGGCACCGAUAAUUGUGUUUGUCGAUAAUUACGAUACGGCUCCGAAACCGGCAGGGAUAUUAAGAAAGAACACCUUCACCAAACACGAUCGGGAACACGAGCAAAGACGAACCGGAAAUGCUAUCAGCAGAAGUGAUACGUUUACAAUUAACGAGUCGGAUGAUGAGCAAAAAACUAAAACGAAUACAUAUUCUAAAAAGAAACAGAAAGAACAUGUUUCCCAUGAAUACACAACCGAUUCGCCUGGCGCUAAAAAGCAUGAACCCUCGGAAAAGCUACCCACGGUAAUAGAUUCAAACACCUAUCGGAAAAAGUCACUGAAAUCUUCGAAACCCGUUCAGAAAGUGGAAAGUUUUAUCAGACGUUUCGAGAAAAGUCUAUUCAAGCAUGAUUCCAAAAAGACUGGACGCAAAGAUUCCAACUCCUCCAUCGAAACGUACGUACCGAAGUUCCGCGAUAUUGGAAUAAACUGCAAACUAGACGACGAGGAAAAGUUGAAAACCCGAAAGAAAAGACAGGGCUCAAGAGAUUCCUUGCUGGAAAAGACAAACAUAGAGCAUAGUUCUUCCUCGCAAAGAAGUUAUCAUGAAAGAAGUGCAACACCGCGAAAUAGACAACGAGAAAGAAGUAGCUCACCAACGAAGAAAUAUUCCACCGUUGAACGGCACCAGAAAGAGAAAAAAGAACCUACGAGCGUGGUCCACAUUCGUGAACGCAGUCAUUCUCCGUUCGAAACGUUAGAAUUGAAAAAGAAUCCCACUGACAACAGCUAUCUGAAGAUGCGCCAGAAGGAGAUCGAAAUGGGCUACAGUACUGUCAACAAAAAUCCGUCGUCAACGUUGACCCGCACGCGUUCUCCUGAUCGAAACAAGUCUAUUCUAAUCAACACCACCCGGAAGGAACGUUACGAUCCGGAAAGCAGUCGAUCAUAUACCGUAACAACCAGCACUCAUAGGGUGGAAUAUGACCGACCAUCGCCGUUCCGUUCCGAUACCUACAACACCCUGAAAGAAGAAUACGAACAGGCCAACCACAAGCCUGUCGGUAUUGCUAGCCCACGGUUAAGUUCGGAUCGCUCCAAGCACGAUUCAAAGCCCAGCUCUCCAACUAAGGAAAACCGAAAAGAUUCCGGUGAAUUACCGAAGUACACUUUCGGAACGAACCUGCAGGAACGUCGUAGUCGCUUCCAGCAAUUUCAGAAAUCAUUCCAAAAGAUGGGCGAUAACAGCACCGAAACAUCCUACCAGCAAAGCUUCUUCAUACCGAUUUAAUGGAAUAAUUAAUCCCUCAAUUUGCUAUCGACUCCCGGUCGAAACGAUCAAGACUUGCUAAUCAUUACGCUUCGUAGAUUAAUACUGCUAACCGCGGUCACUUAUUUUCUAAACGAGAAAUAAAACUUAACGAUUCUACACCCCGAAAAUUUAGAAA